AUGAGGAAAGCAUAUGGGGACAGAGACGAUUUGUGCUUUAUGUCGGAUCGUCACAACAGCAUCAAAAAGGCGAUUAAAAACGCGUAUCCGGGAACAUGUCACGAGAUAUGUUCGUACCAUCUACUACAAAAUCUAAAAUCACGGUACGAGAGAUCAGGACAAAACAUAACACAAGCAUUCAAUACAACUGUUCGUGCCUACACACUGUUGGAAUAUGAAUAUUACAUACAACAACUCGGCUCGAUUAAUGAUAAGAUAAGGGAUUAUCUGGACGAAGUUGGACCUGAGAGAUGGUCACUUUUUCACAUGCCUUCAAACCGGUAUUCCACAAUGACAUCGAAUAUUGUGGAGUCGGUUAAUGCGAUCACAAAUUCUGCCAAGAACUAUUCUAUUAUAGCUUUAUUGGAGUCAUUGAGACAAAUUAUGCAAUCUUGGUUCUACAGACACAAGGAGGACGCUCAAGGCACUUUUACAACUUUGUCAAGCAAGUAUGAGAAGAAGAUGAAGGAAAUGAGCACAGAUAUGAGAAACUUGAGGGUUUCCCCUAUUAUUCAGAUGGAUCCAUAUGAACACUGUUCCUACUACUACACAAGUGAAGCAUUCAGAAGUACAUACCAAGAAACCAUUUUUCCUGUAGGAAAUCCAGCUGAAUGGAUAGUGCCAAAUGAUGUCCAUGACAUAGUUGUAAUUGUACCUAAUCAAAAGCGAAGUUGUGGAAGGCUUACUGAGAAGAGAUUCAGACCAGUGUAUGAGGAAAACAUAACCGUCAAAUGCGUUCGAUGUGGUAAAAAUGGUCACAAUCGUAGAACAUGCAGUAACUUAGUUCCAUUAAGUCAAAGCAACAAGAAUAAAGAGAGGAAGAUGACGAAGACUGGAAAUACACAUUGA